CAUCCCGGCCGCUACAUCUGCAUUCCGCCGCGUCACACACACAGAACAAACCGUUCCUGGACCUUUUCUUUCACCGAAAAAAAGGACGGAUUCUUUGGCCUUUUGUGCGCUCCUUUUGUGUGAACCCGCAAACCUUGCGAUGGCUUCCUGACCUACUAAAGCAUUGUGUUUACAUGUCCUGUAAUCUCCCGGCUAACCAGAAGGGUUUUCUGUUGUUCCCGGCAGUCGAGCAGCGCUGAGGCGGUCCUGCGGCCGGGUGGGGAGUGAGUGAGAGAGAGCGAGCGCGACUUCCUCACGCCAACAUGGAGACUGGACUGGAGGACGGCAAACUUGCCGACGGCGUCCUGGCUGCCGACAACAAGGACGGUACAACAACAACCACCACAGCGGUAAACGGGACGGAGAAAAACCACCCUGAGGAAGUGACGGAGGCGGAGAAGAAGGAGGACCUGCCUGACAGAGGGAACUGGACGGGCAAACUGGACUUCAUCCUGUCCUGUGUCGGUUUCGCCGUGGGUCUGGGUAACGUGUGGAGGUUCCCGUACCUGUGCUACCAGAACGGAGGAGGCGCCUUCCUCAUCCCGUACUUCCUGACGCUGUUUUUGGCGGGAAUUCCGCUGUUUUUCCUGGAGACCAGUCUGGGUCAGUUCCUCAGCAUAGGCGGGCUGGGCGUCUGGAAAAUAUGCCCGCUCUUCAAAGGUGUUGGCUAUGCAGCCGCUGUGGUGUCCUUCUGGCUCAACAUCUAUUACAUCAUCAUCAUCGCAUGGACUCUCUACUACCUCUUCAGUUCGUUCCAGUCCGUCCUGCCGUGGGAGCACUGUGAGAACGAGUGGAACACGCCCAACUGUUUCACCAACUUCACCAUCCUCAGUAACAUGACCAAAAACGAGACCGCCAACCUGACAGACUCAACCAGGGAGUUCUGGGAACGCGGAGUUCUGCAGAUGACUGACGGCCUGCACCAGCCCGGCCAGGUCCGCUGGGAGCUGGCUCUGACUCUGCUGCUCGCCUGGAUCAUCGUCUACUUCUGCAUAUGGAAGGGCGUCGGCUGGACGGGGAAGGUUGUGUACUUCACGGCGUUGUUCCCGUACUUCGUGCUGUUCAUUCUGCUCAUCCGCGGCGUCACGCUGCCCGGAGCGUACGACGGCAUCAUGUUCUACAUCACGCCCAAGUUCGAGCGGCUUCUGGACUCUAAGGUGUGGAUCGACGCGAGCACGCAGAUCUUCUUCAGCUACGGGAUCGGGCUGGGAUCGCUGGUCGCCCUGGGCAGCUACAACCAGUACCACAACAACGUCUACAAGGACGCGUUGAUCGUGUGCACAGUCAACAGUUGCACCUCGAUGUUCGCCGGAUUUGUGGUGUUCUCUGUGGUCGGCUUCAUGGCGCAGGUGCAGGGCAAGGAUGUGGACGACGUGGCGGCAUCAGGCCCUGGUCUGGCGUUCCUGGCGUACCCCUCGGCUGUGAUCCAGCUGCCCAUCUCUCCCUUCUGGUCCAUCUGCUUCUUCCUCAUGCUGUUGAUGUUAGGACUGGACAGUCAGUUCUGCACACUGGAAGGGUUCAUCACGGCCGUGGUUGACGAGUGGCCGCACCUGUUCCGCGGCCGGAAGGAACUUUUCAUCGCAGGCGUCAGCUUCAUCUCCUACCUCAUCGGACUCUCGCAAAUCACUCAGGGAGGCAUCUACGUGUUCGAGCUCUUCAACUACUACUCCGCCAGCGGCAUGAGUCUGCUCUUCCUCAUAUUCUUCGAGGUUUUCGCGAUUGCCUGGGGAUACGGCAGUAACCGGUUCUACGACAACAUUGAGGACAUGAUAGGCUACCGCCCCAACCCGUGGUUCAAGAUAUGCUGGCUCUUCCUCACCCCCGCCGUCUGUUUGUUCACCUUCUUCUUCAGCCUAGUGCAGUACAAGCGGCUGAAGUACGUGGACUACCUGUACCCUGUGUGGGGGGAGGUGAUCGGCUGGUUCCUGGGGCUGUCCUCCAUGCUGGUCAUCCCCGGGUACGCCAUCUACAAGCUCGCAGUGACGCCUGGCACGCUCAGAGAGCGGUUCUGGGCCACAGUGCGCCCUAACUUGGACGGCGUGCUCCCGCGCAGCGCCACGGCGGAGGUCCGGUACGAGGCCGGAGUGGACGACAUCAAGCUGAAGGUUCAGCCGGCCUCCAACCCCGGACAGCCCGCCGGAGACAAGGUGGAGCACUGUAGCGCAGUAUGACGUUUCUCUCACGUGACCGUGACGUAAUCUGACCAAGCUGUGCAACUCUUGGAGGGACGCCAGUCAUAGCGACACCUGGCGAUUCUUAAUGGAGCAGCAGUUAGCCUGGAGGCAGUGAAUAUGAGAGGCGUACGGAGAUGUAUGAGGAUGGUGUAGAGAAAAUGUUAGGGCUGUUCCACUUAAACGUGUUGGAGAAGACUAGAAAGCGAAUUAAUCUUAAAAUGUUAAGAGAAACUAAG